GAGAGAGAGAAAAAGAGCCGCUUUUUUCAUGCAGUCGUGGCCCUCGUGGGGGGAGAUUAGGAGAGAUAACCGACCGCAAUAAUUGACAAAAUUCACUUUCUUCUCCAACCCUCAAUACUUCAAAAGAUUUCUUCAUCUUCACUUCUCAUCUGCUAUCUGCCGGAGACCACCUACUUUUACCCUCUUCUCAAUAAAUUACCAAUCAUUUAUGAACUUUGGCUUCUUCUACCCCAUUUUUCCAUGUUUCUCUACACUUAGGUAGCCAACUCAAUUGCCAGCCACUCUGAUCCAGUGCUCUUCUUCUCCAUCGAUCUCGUCGAGACAAUGCUCACCGCGAAGACCAACAGAUCUAGUUUAUCUGAUGCUCAUAAUGGAAAAAACACUCAAACUACUCCUAGGAUUAGUAAAUUGGUCAGAGGAGGAUCCACAAAAUCUGCAUCUGGCUCACCUGUUUUACUCAGAAGUUUCACCAGUUGUGUUGAUGGUUCUCCAAAAUCUAUUGAUUCGAGACCGCCUACCGCGCAUCGCUCAGCGAAGAUCAUCUUAUCUGCAGAUAAACUACCCAGGCCAACAAAAACACCAACAUUGCAGCCAAGACUUGAUGUUUUGCAGGAAGAACUUAGGAGGACGAGAGAGCAAUUGGCUUCAGUUGAGCAAGAGAAGCUGAAAGCGGUUAAAGAGCUGGAUAAUGCAAACAGAACAGCUGACGAAAGUUACUGCAAGCUUAAUGAAGCUCUUGCUGCUCGAAGCAUGGCUGAGGAGAGCUCUAAGAUUGCAAGGGUCAGGGCAGAUAAGAUACAACAGGCAGGCAUUGAAGCUGCGCGGAAAAAGGAAGAGGAAUGCCAAAACGAGAUUGAUCGUGUUCGAAACCGGCAUGAUUUGGAUGUUUUAUCAUUACUUUCUACAACAAAGGAGCUAGAAAGGGUGAGGCAGGAAUUGACAUUGACUUCUGACUCUAGAGAUAGAGCCAUUUGCCAUUCUAAUGAUGCAAGGAAAAUUGCUGAGAUCAAUGCAGAGAAAGUUGACAUCCUUUCCUCAGAAGUUAAUCAGCUCAAUGCCUUAUUAGAUUCAACUAUGGAUAGUUUAAGCAAUGAGAAUCAGGAAAUUGUUAAGAAGAUGAAUUUAGAGAUUGAUUGCUUGAAAUCUAAACUUGAGAAGACAAAGUUAACAGAUGUAAAGUUGGUGGAGAUGGAACUACUGUUAGAAGUGCUUAAUACUGAGUUGAAUGUUGCAAAAAGGGGUGAGUUCGAUGCCUGUAAAUUUGUUGAUGAACUCAAGAAGCAGGUGGAAUUGUUGUUAGUUCAGCUACAGGAAGCCAAAUUGUCUCAGAAGUCCUCAACAGAUUUGUCAUAUUUGGUCUCCAAACAACUCAAUGAUUGGAAGGUAGCAUUGCUAGAUUCAGAAUCUGAGCUUGCCGCACUUAGAGAGAAGGUAAAUACCUUGGGCUUUGAAGUUGUUCAGCACAAAGAAGAACUUCUAAACUCAGAGAAACUUUUGAGGGAAGCACAUAUUGAAGCAUCGAAAACGGAAGAAACAGUUGUUGUUCUAAAAUCAGAGCUUCAAAACUUGAAGCAGGAGAAAUUACUUGCAACAGAAAAUGAGAAGAUUGUGGCCUCUAAAAUUGAAAGCUUGUCUGAGGAGAAGAUAAAGCUUAUGAGGGAGCUUGAAACCGCUAGAUAUGAGAGUGAAAAUAAUAAGAAAGACAUGGAAGAAUUAGCUUCAGCUUUACGGAAAGUUUCUUUAGAAGCCAGAGAAACACGAGAGAUUCUUUUGGAAAAGCAUACUGAAAUAGAAGAUUUCUAUGCUCAGACUGAACAUUUGAGAUCAGCACUAAAGAACACUGAAGAGAGUUAUCAAGUUAUGCUUGAUGAAGCAAGGUAUGAGAUUAUUUGCCUCAAAAAAUCAAUUGAAAGAAAUCAAACUGAAGCUGAAAGCGUUGAAGCUGAAUGGAAUGUGAAAGAGCUUAAUGUGAGUAGUAGUAUCGACAGCACGAAAGAAGAAUCUGAAUCCAAAUCAUGGAAAGGAGCACACUAUCAAGUAAAUGCUAAAAAAGAUGAUAAAUAUCUAAUGCUUAACAAGGUAAUCGACUCUGAAUCCGCUACUGCUGGAAAUGGGGUUGCAGAAGAUGCAAAAGCCGAUCCCUUCAGCUUCAAGGAGAGCUCGCUCAAUGUGGGCAAUGAACUGCAGAAUGUUAGAUCAGAAAACUCUACCAUUCCUGCACGAGAAACUGCUGGUAUUGAUAAGAUAAAAGAGCUAUCUAUUUUUCUUGCAAAACCCAAAGCAACUAAGCCAAAGGAUAGUGUUCUAUCAAAAUGUGAUAAUGAGUAUGAAGUCCUUGAUACCAAUGCAAAUUAUGGUGAAAGAAAAAAGGCCAGUUCAGGCAUGCAAGGUUAUCUUGGCCAAGUUAAAGAAGAAAAUGCCAAUAGAAUUCGAACUGCCAAAGUUGAUACCUUGAAAAUGGGGUCUAAGUUGCCUUUCUCUGCGUAUGAGUGUGAUGUUAAAUCAAUAGAUGAUGAACUGGAUUCUAGGAUGGCCAGCAGGAGCUUCAGAAAGGUAAAUAUACUGCCAUCAGAAGAUUUUAAUGGCGAUUCACUCAAACUCAUCAGGUUUCAAGAGGUAAAAGUGAAGAAGGCUUUGCUGAACAAGUUGGGUAAUCUUUUGAAGAGAAGUAACCAUAAGUAAGAUUAUAGGCACUAUGUAGGUAUAUCCUAUGAAAGAUACCAUACUCCCCAAAUGAAUUUUCGCUUGAAAAUGGGGUUUGCAACCUAUAUGAUGGUUUGCUUAAAUUCAAAGUUAUUAGUUACUAUUAUAAAAAUGUGAUAAAUUAAUGGCCUUACAAACAUUAUAUCUUGUUUAUAAACUAUAUUUGAUGAAAUAGAGUGAAAAAUAUUAUAUAUGCUUGGAUUAA